CUGCUGGUUGUGCUGAUUUGUAUAGCUUUGAAUAUAUUGCAGCCUCCAAGAGGUAUUUUGUUGUACGGUCCGCCUGGCACUGGGAAAACACUAAUAGCUCGAGCUGUUGCGAAUGAGACUGGAGCUUUUUUCUUUCUUCUGAAUGGACCCGAGAUUAUGAGCAAAUUAGCUGGUGAGUCAGAAUCCAAUUUACGAAAGGCAUUCGAAGAAUGUGAAAAGAAUUCGCCCGCAAUUUUAUUCAUAGACGAACUUGAUGCUAUUGCACCGAAACGUGAAAAGACUCAUGGCGAGGUUGAGCGUCGUAUUGUAUCCCAACUUCUUACUCUAAUGGAUGGUUUGAAACAACGCAGUCAUGUUGUUGUUAUGGCAGCAACAAAUCGACCCAACUCGAUUGACCCUGCAUUGCGUCGCUUCGGUCGUUUUGAUCGCGAGAUUGAUAUUGGAAUUCCAGAUGCAGUUGGAAGAUUAGAGAUACUUCGUAUACAUACGAAAAAUAUGCGCCUUGGCGAUGAUGUUAAUUUGGAGCAGGCACAACUUAUUGCUAUGGUUGCGAAUGAAUGCCAUGGAUAUGUUGGUGCUGAUUUAGCAUCUCUUUGUUCUGAAGCAGCGUUGCAACAAAUUCGGGAAAAAAUGGAGUUGAUAGAUUUAGAAGAUGAUACUAUAGACGCAGAAGUUUUGAAUUCUUUGGCUGUUAAUAUGGAGAACUUUCGAUUUGCGAUGGGUAAAAGUAGUCCAUCAGCUCUUCGUGAGACUACUGUCGAAACACCAAAUGUUACCUGGGAUGACAUUGGCGGUCUACAAAAUGUUAAGCGUGAACUCCAAGAACUUGUCCAGUAUCCUGUAGAACAUCCAGAUAAGUACCUAAAAUUUGGAAUGCAGCCAUCUCGUGGUGUAUUGUUUUAUGGUCCUCCUGGGUGUGGUAAAACGCUUCUUGCUAAAGCUAUUGCGCAUGAAUGUCAAGCUAAUUUCAUCUCUAUUAAAGGUCCUGAGCUACUCACCAUGUGGUUUGGUGAAUCUGAGGCUAAUGUUCGGGAUGUUUUUGAUAAGGCAGGCUUUCUUCUCAGCAUUAGACAUCAUUUACAGGCUCGAGCUGCGGCACCAUGCGUGUUAUUUUUUGAUGAGUUGGAUUCUGUUGCUAAAGCGCGUGGUGGGAACAUCGGAGAUGCAGGCGGUGCUGCUGAUCGUGUGAUUAAUCAGAUUUUGACAGAAAUGGAUGGAAUGUCAAACAAGAAGAAUGUUUUCAUAAUUGGUGCUACGAAUCGACCAGACAUUAUCGAUUCCGCUAUUCUUCGUCCAGGGCGUCUCGAUCAGUUAAUCUAUAUACCUCUUCCUGAUGAAGCUAGUCGUUUGCAGAUAUUCAAGGCUAAUCUCCGCAAAACACCAAUCGCCACGGAUGUGGAUUUAACGUAUUUAGCGAAAACGACUGUUGGCUUCUCAGGGGCUGAUUUGACAGAGAUUUGCCAAAGAGCUUGCAAGCUUGCAAUCAGAGAAAGCAUUGAAAAAGAAAUUCGGCAUGAAAAGGAAAAACAAGAACGGCGUGCUCGAGGUGAAGAACUGAUGGACGAAAAUAGCUAUGAUCCAGUGCCCGAAAUCACUCGUGCUCAUUUUGAAGAGGCAAUGAAAUUUGCUCGUCGCUCUGUUUCUGAUAACGACAUCCGCAAGUAUGAAAUGUUUGCCCAAACCCUGCAGCAGCAGCGUGGCUUUGGAACUAGCUUCAAAUUUCCCAAUCAAGCCGGAGCACCAAGCCAAGGACAACCAGGCGCAGCUGGAGUGGGAAACGACGAUGACGAUUUGUAUAGCUAA